AUAUAUAUUUUAGUUGGGUUCCCAGCCUUCGACUAACUCGCCCGUUCAUCACUUCGUCAGUCCUCCUCCUCCUCAUCACUUCGAUUACGCUCCCAGCCUCCUCCUCAUCACUUCGAUUGCAGCUCUAGCCUCUGGGAGUUCGAUUCUUCGACUGCGCUCCAACCCCAGUUCGUCACUUCGUCUAAUCCGACCCUCGGGCCUCGGCUCUCGAAUCCUCCAGUCCUCCUCCUCUUCUAAACUUUUGCAAAUCUGCAGCUCUGGCCUCUGGGCUUUGGAAUUCUCGGCUUCUCCAAGACAUCAACAUCAAUUUGGGGCAAUGAUUCAAUGGUGUUGAUCCGAGCUCAUAUAAGUGGUGGCAUUUCUUCUUUAGCGUCUGCUUAUAUCGUUAUCGCCAAGAGAUCACAAGGUCCUAAAUUUUUGCAUCAAUUGCGAACAUCAGCACUUCCACCAAACCACUUGCGAGCAUCUGCUGAAAAGGUUUCUAGGAUUGUAAAGCCUUUGGAUAAACCUACAACACCUGCAUGUCUAUUGCGAUCUUCAACUGAAAAGGUUUCUAAGGUUAUAAAGCCUUUAGUUAAACCUACAACACUUUCAAGCCCAUUGCGGUUAUCUCCUAGAAAGCAUUCAAAGACACAGCCUUCCACAAAUAAAUUAACACAUCCUCGUCGACCUGCUAUGCAGUCAUCAAGGACUCCAUCUCCUCCUUCUUCUCCACAUGUUAUGAGAUCGUCUCCACUUUCCCCUUCACCUCCACAUAUGCGCAGAGUCUUAUCAACCUCUAAUCAGCACACAUCAACUCCAAGUGCGCAUGAAGAGAUAGCUGAAUCUUCUCAAGUUGCUCAUCCUCCUACCUUAGAAGAGAACAUUGGUACAGCCCAGAAGAAACGACGUGGUGAGACUCGAGGUCUUGGGACAGCCAAGAAGAAAUGUUGUAGUAAUCCAAUAGAGAUUGAUAUUCCAGAGCAUGUAAAACGAGCCGUAGGAGCGAAUUGCCAGUCUUACAUCACAGAGAUAGGCUGCAUUGUUAGGCAAAAUGCUCCAUUACAAGUUAAGCAUUGGAGUGGAAUUAGCAAGGAUGAUGUUGCUUUGAUGGUUCGUCUUGUCCAUGAGAAAUUCAAAUUGGAGAAUGAACCACACGUGAAUGAGGCUAUUGAGGCAGACAUGAAAAGAAGAUAUAGCACUUGGCGAUACAAUUUGCAUAAGACAUUUUUGCAAUAUGAAUCAGUGGAGGAGGCACUUGAGAAUAGACCUGAAAAUGUGGGAGAAGAUGACUGGAAUUUUCUCAUCAAUUGGUGGCACGAUGAUCAGUGGCUGGAAUUGAGCGGAAAUAAUAAGAAAAAUAGAGAUAAGCUAACAAUAACUCAUUGUGCUGGGACAAAAGCAUUCAGUCGCAUUAGAUAUGAAAAUCAAAAUCCUGAGACUGGAGAGGAGCUGAGCCGCAUUGAUAUGUUCAAGCUGACAAGAUUUAGGGAAAACAAGAAAACAUGGGUCGGGGAUGUCGCGGAACAUGCUUAUGAGGCUACACGGAGGGCAGAUGAGGCAGAAAGAAGAUCUACCCAACUUGCAGAGGAGUUGGAGGCAAUGAAGGCUAGUGCAGCUCAACAAAAUGAAGAAUUAGAGGCAGUGAAGGCUAGUGCAGCUCAACAAAAUGAACAGUUAGAAGCAGUUAAAGCAAAGCAGAAUGAGACGGACGCUCUUUUGAAAAAAUUGCUGGAACAAUUUUCCUCUAGGAAAUAAAGAUUUGUGAAGAGCGGUCCAAGGUCUGAGUUUGAAGCAAUAUAUCUUUUGACUUCGUAUUAGGAUAAUAGCUUUUGGAAUGACUUAAGCAGUACAUCUCUCAACUUGGUUAGCUUUUGGAAAUACAUCAUUAUCUAUAUAACUGACUUUGGAUUUAAAGUUCAAUAGUUUAUGAGGGGGAUGAGAAACAUAUUUUACUGGAGAUUAUUGCUAAUGUUAUUUAGUAUUAUUAUAUAAAUUUUAAUAUGUUAUGUUGAUCACCAUUGAAAUAAAAUCUCACCCAAAUUUUGUAAAAAACAAUUUAGCAGCAAAUUUUUGUAUCUAAUGAUGAA